AUGGGUGUCAGAGCUGCUGUGGUCGUCUGUGUUACCAGUUUCUUGCUUGGGUCUCUAUUUACCCACUGGAUCGCGGAUUCAUUGACGCUUUGGAAGUCUCCUACUAAUGACCAAAACCUUUGGACGGCUGCCACGUACUACUCCAUCAUUGCCAAUGGACCUGCUCAGAUACAAUAUGCAGUUGCCGCUGUGGUUUUACUUGGCGCAACAACAAUACUGUGGAGUCUCAAGGACGGAAGAGCGGGAAACUUGAUGUUUGACGGAGGCAGCAUUUUUCUGUUCUGUACAACGAUCUGGAUGUACUCGUACUCUGCCCUUCCCACCAUCUUCACAGUGUUCAAAGAUCUUCCUCCUCAUCCAAAAACAGAUGCUGUACCACAGGAGUUACAGUCAGCCAUCUUUGAUCUUGCAUCAAACAACUUAGUUUGCAGCGUUGCGCUGACGGGGGUGCUCGGAUUACAGGCAGGUCGGUUCUGGGCCGAGUCUGCUGACGACGACGACGAAAUAGAGUCCCUUAAAGCUACACCCGCCCCUUCGCGCGCAAAAACACCUCAGACAGAAUGAAAGACACGACAACGGAAAAAACGCGUCUGCGCUUCCGCGCAUUCUGCCGAUAACGGUGGACUUUUUUAAAUGUUGGGACUUGUACUUCCCCUUGCUAUGUAUUUUGUUUGGAACGCAUUCAACUGAUCACACA